UUUUUGUGAUCACAUGAAAUAUUAAAUAAGUUGCACUUGGAUCUGAUAAAAGCCCAAUGGAGCGUCGAAUGGCGCGACUUGUGCAAAGUGAAAUUUGCGAUGUGGUACAGACGAGAGACGGAUUUCGCCCGUGGUGUUCAUUGCUUCUGUAAAUGUUACUUGCAGUACUAAUAACGUUACUCGUGGAGCAGCGGAUAACUGUGUGAUAACACCUAUCUUCUGGCCGUGUGCCUUCAUGUUUACACUUCUAAAUAUACCUACAUGCAUAUUAUCUGUUCUGUUGCUCUCUAAUAUUUGCAAGGAUUUUGAACGAGAGCCGUGGUCAGUUGUGCUGCAAAUAGCUUAUCAUAAGAAAGAGAGAAGUCAUUUUCGUGGAAUGCAACUCCAGAUGUGAGGGGGAAAAUUUACGUCGUGGCAUAAGAGGGGAACACGAUGGCUGCCACACUAUGUGGGGAGAAACGACUCCUUUACGGGUCUACGGCUUUUACAUUAUUAGCAUUUUUGUUUCAAAUUAUUGCAGUUGCGACAACUAACUGGGUGCAUAUUGAGUUUCAUUCUACAAUAGUUCAAAAUACUACAGGGACAGAUGUGUACAUAAAAGGAUUUACAGGGGGUCUUUUCCGAGUUUGUGAGGAGGGGUACACCUUAAGCUCAGACGGACAGCGGAAAGACCAUGAAGAGUGUACAUCACAUAAAUUUUUCCCAGAAGAACACGAGCUAAAGAAAGAUACAAAGACAGAUAUCCAACUCGUAGAUUACAUGAGGACGGGGUCAGCUUUUGCAAUCAUAUCCCUGUUAAUUAUGUUGCUCGGGCAUAUGUUUGCGUUCUAUACGCUCAGAAGACCACGAUAUAUUGUAAAACGCCUUACCUCUCUAAUGCAUUUUAUGACAGCUGCAUGUGUUUUGGUAGAAAACGAAGUUUUCAUACGGAAAAUAGCAUAUGCACAGGAGAACCUUCCCGAUCGCAUUCCGGCUGAUGCAGAAACAGCUUAUGGGUUUUCCUUUGUUUUGUCAUGGAUUUCGUUUGCUGUAUACGUUAUAGCUGGUGCUAUCUUCCUUUUCACCUCUCACAAAAGAAAGGCAGAGAUGGCAGACGCUAUUGACGAGUUUGCAGAGGAAGACGAACCAGUUGUCAUUAGGCGUUGACGUAAUUCUCCCGAUAAAGUCGCAUCCGCUACACCCUAAAAAUCGAGUGGAAUCGUAUAUCCUUUUCAAAAAGUGAUACGAAAUAUCCAUUGACCCUUGACCUGGAAAAUGGCCGCUAGUGUUUUCCCUACGAAUCCAAGAUCUCAUACCAGAUCAUUUGGUGAUUUUUGCAUUCCACUGGAUAUCCCGAAAAGCUCCAGCAAACGUUGAAGCGUCACGUAAUAUGAAAAAAGGAGGGAAAUGCUCAUUUCCGGAAUGACAUUUUUUCUAUAAUUUUUAUCAUUAGCUCUUUUUUUUUUUUAAAUUUUUCUUUAUUUUUUAACGUUUUUACUUGCUCACCUUUGAAUCGAUUAUUAAAUGUGAUUUUUUUCAAUAUUUUUUAUUUCCGAUUUUAUAAGAGGUAAAGGAAACACCUUUUUGUAUUCUGUGUUAAAGCUUCUUAGAAUAUAAUGUGUUGCAGAUGCACUCGCUGUAUGGAAAUAAGAUCUAGUGUUUCAUCGGGGAAAAAACCUAUUGCCUUUAAAUUCCAAAAAUAUUACUUAUAACUGUAUCCUCGAGGAACUAUUUUGGAAGUUUUAAGCAUUCAACAAAAACAAGGUAUUGAUGAGAGCAAUUAAACUGAUUUUUUAAUAAAUACAGUUUUACUUCAAAGGUUCCCAUAAUACAUUAAAGUAUCAAAAUAUUGUUCAAAUAAUAAAUAACAAAUAUUUUUCCUACAAUAUAUGACAAUUUUUUAGGCAUGUACAAAUGAAUGAGGUACCUAGAUCAGUGGUAUGAUGCUUUUCAAAAGAUUAUACCCUGAUAAGUUCAACACCAAACUUACGAAUAAUAUAGAAAUUAUAAAAAUAAACAAAGGAACACAUUUAUAGAAUAUUUCAACAGUAAUAUGUUGGAUUAUUUUUUUUUACAUGUACUUUAUAGUGAUGAAUAUAAUUAUCAUCCUUAUGGAGUAAAACUGCAAAUAGGUUCAGUGGAUACAUAGUUCAGAGCUAAGGCAUAAACUCUGACUAAAGCUUAAAUACUUGCAGACAAAAUAGACCUCUUUUUAACCUUCGCAGAUUGUUUUGAAAUACAUGUAUACGUUUACACUGUAACUAUCUAUUUACUGUAAAUUUACGUACUGUCUAAAUGCAAAUUUAUGUCCCUUAAAAAUAUACACAGAACACAUAAAAUGAACUUUAUGGAGUCCCCUAAAGUUUUACUAUUCUUUUAUCAUCAUAUGACGAUCAAAUGCAUGUAACCUUUUUGUAAAGACAUUGAACUUUUGUCCCACAACGUACAUGACGUUAUAUAUUUUUCUUAUAUACAAAAUAUAGCCCACCACCACCACAACCAAAUAAAUCACAAAGUACACAUUGCCACCAUCCUGAGUUUUUCAAGGUUAUAGUCACAUCAACUUUUUAGCUCAUCUGAGCUGAAAGCUCGAGUGAGCUUUUCUGAUCACCAGUUGUCCGGCAUCCGUCCGUCUGUCUGUCCGUCCGCGUGUUAACUUUUCACAUUGUCGACUUCUCAUGAAUCAUUAGGCCAAUUAAAAUCAAAAUUGGUACAAAGCAUCCUUGGGUAGAGGGAUUCUAAAUUGUUCAAAUAAAAGGCAAAGUCCUCAUACCAAUGAGAGAUAAUCAAGAAAAGGCAAAAAUAGAGUGUUUAAAUCAUUAAAAACUCUUCUUUCAAGAACAACUGGGACAGAAGAGAUGAAACGUAUGUAGAAGCUUUCUGAGGUUGUAUAGAUUUUAAAUUCUUCAAAAUAUUUCAAAUCAUGGCUCCCGGGGGGUAGGGUGGGCCAGGAUAGGGGGUCAAAUUUUUGCACGGAACUUAAUAAGAUUUAUUUUUAAAAUCUUCUAAAGAAAAACAAUAGAACCAUUAAUUUGCAGUCAUUCUAAAGUUGUAUGGAUUUAUUUUUUUCUCUCAAAUUAUGAAUACUGGUCUCUGGGGCCAUAAAACUUAGACGAGUUCACUUUUGAUCUCGGUCUCACUUUUACCAAAGGAAUUAAUAGUAGAAAAGUGAGACUAGAUCAAAAGUGAGCUCAUCUAAGUUUUAUGGCCCCGGAGUCAGGUUAGAGUUGAAUAGAAUCAGGAUCAAAUUGUAUUUAAUGCAUGCAUGCAUACAAAGUGCAAAGCUACAUGUACGUUAGUCUUAUUGAUACUUAAUUAAAGCAUGUGUCGAUUCAGAGACCUUGGAUUUAGGAUGGGGCCAUAAUAUGAAUUCACAAUUUUUCAUGGGAAUAUAAAAAAUCUUACAAAAACUUCUGAAGAUCAGAAAGGCUUAAGUAAAUCAGGUGAGCGCUGUGGUCCAUGGACCUCCUGUUUCGUCUGAAACAAGAUUAAUGGUAUCCCAGUCUUUUGGGGUUUAAUUAAUUAUGGAGAGUUCAAGAUAGCGUCGAUGUGUACUUGUGAUUUAUUAGGUAGAUUAUAUUUUUUUUUAUAUAAAAGAAAAGAUUUUGUCCAGAUUUAAGUUUUGAUUGCGUACAUCCAACGAAUUCUAUUCGAAUACUAAGUAUUUUAACUUAUUUUUUUUAAAUUAUAAUUUUUUUUUAUUUAUUAAAGUUAUUCGAACAAUGUCAAUUCUAAAUAUGUUUUCUUUCGGAUUUUUUUAAAAUUUUGUAACACUUACUGUGAUCGACUAUGUUAUAACAAAAACUUUACACACAUUGAUCAACUCUGAUCUCGGUACAAACUAUAAGUAGGACUGCAGAUUCCUAACAAGAGUUCUCAAUCGUUUCAGUGGAUAUAUUCAAUCGUGGAAUAUUCGAUAUUUGACUAAUUUUGCGGCAAUAAACUGAAACAUUUUUAAAUAAUACCACAUAUUAAAUUUGAGGCAAUAUUAUGAAAUAAUAUGAAAUAUUUUUAAAUAAUACCACAUUUUUCUUCUGUACAUGUAUAUGUUAUUAAAAAAUAUAUAUAUUCGAGUGCAUAGUGCACACAGUGGUCCGCUUUUCUAGUUGUCCCAAGUAUAUUUUUUUAAAUUUUCCCUUCUAAAAAUCUUUAAAAUCUCAUGCGUGAUUUUAUUAAUACUUUACACAUGUAUGGACUUUAUUUUUUUCUUUUCUCUUAUACAUAAAUAUUAUGUUUUCGUGUUUUACAAGGUUCCUUAGAAGUCGGAUCAUUUUUGUAUUGCAAAACUGAUUUCACAAAUUAUUAAAUUGUCAUCCUCGAAUUAAACCAUGAACCAUUAAAUUGUCAACAUUUUGUUUAUACAAAAACACAGGAAGUUAAAAAAUUAUUGUAUUUCCUCGUUGGAGGUUGAAUUAAACCCUUUGAAUUCCAAACAUGGAAUAAAUUAAAGAUAAGAAGCAAGUUUGAAGGGGAUGGUAUUUUAUUUUGAAUAUGCACUGUUACCAUUGUAAAUAGUUGUUACUAUUCCAAAAUGUACAUAAAUGUAUUUUAUAUUUUUUCACUUUUCUAAACUUUUAUUAAUUUAGUGCAUCAAAAUGUCCACGUUAACAUAAGUAAGAAUAGCCGUAAAAGUGUAUACUUGUGUAUAUUUGUCCGCCUUAGGAAGGUUAACAAUGUAAAGAAGACUAGGAUAAUUUUUGAAAACUAUAAUCAUUAUACUUUUAACAAAAAUUUACUUUAGUUAAAGUUAUAGUUGUAAAAGUUACCUAUGCUUCACUUAGUCCGAUACUUUGAUGUAGUGGGAUACUUUAAGACUUUACUAUGAUACUUUUAUUUACUAUGAAACCCAAGAACCUUUUUUAAAAUGAGAUUUAGAGUCUUGACAUUUCUUAAGGCACUUAUCAAUGUAAAUUUUAUUGUUGUUAUUUGAAUAUACAAAAAUAUUUUUUUAAAAUGUAAGUAAGAAUUGGAGAUGAAAUAUAACUGUAUGAAACUCGUAGUAAAAUAUUUUGAUUUCCUAUGAUACUUUAAUUUAAUAUAGUAAAAACUUUGAUACUAUAGUAAGGGAUAGUUAACUAUAGUAAACUAGAGUUUACUAAGUAGUAUUUUUGGUAGGGUUGUGAUCAAUUCUCCUCGAACGUUAAACAGUUAAUUAGACAUUUUGAAAUGUAUGUGUCUUUUCACAAUUUAACAUUCAUUAUUUUCAAUAAAAAUACACUAACAAGUUUGGACUGAACUUUUUUAACUACUGAAUCAAAUAAAGUCACUCACGGACCACCA